AUGAGCAACCAUUCAACAGUGACUGAAUUUAUUCUCCUGGGAUUCAGCAAUCAUCCAGAACUACGGUGUCUUCUUUUUAUGGUGUUUCUAGUCAUCUAUAUCAUCACUGUGUUUGGAAAUCUUGGCAUGAUCCUAUUAAUCAAUAUUGACUCACGUCUCCACACUCCCAUGUACUUUUUUCUCAGUAACUUGUCCCUUGUUGAUGUCUGUUAUUCUUCAGUCGUUGCCCCUAAUAUGCUAGUGAAUUUCUGGGUGGAGAACCCAGUCAUUUCAUUUAGUGAAUGUGCCACACAAUUCUUCUUUUUUGGUUCUUUUGCUGGUAUUGAAGGCUUCCUGUUGGCUGUGAUGGCUUAUGACCGGUAUGUGGCCAUCUGCAAGCCUCUUCUUUACACAGUCACUAUGUCCCCUCAUCUUAAUAUCAUGCUGGUGUCGGCCACUUAUCUUGCAGGCUUUCUGAAUGCUUCCAUUCACACUGGCUUCACCUUCCAGCUGUCUUUCUGCCACUCCAAUGUCAUCAACCACUUUUUCUGUGACACUCCACCCCUCCUGAAGCUCUCUUGUUCUGAUACACGUGUCAACGAGAUCGUCAUUUUUGCUUUUGCCAGUUUUAAUGAACUGAGCUGCCUUCUAACUAUUCUCAUUUCUUAUCUCUACAUCCUUGUUGCCAUCUUGAGGAUCAGUUCUGCCAAGGGGAGGCACAAAGCCUUCUCCACCUGUGCGUCCCACUUGAUGGUGGUUACCAUCUUCUUUGGCACAAUCCUGUUCAUGUAUCUGCGCCCCAGCUCCAGCUACUCAAUGGACCAGGACAAAGUGGUGUCUGUGUUUUAUACAGUGGUCAUCCCCAUGUUAAAUCCUCUCAUCUAUAGUCUGAGAAACAAGGAGGUCAAAGCUUCUUUAGGUAAAAUUUUUAAAACAACCUCUUUUCACUUCUGUGCUUAG